AUGCAUCUUAAAACGCAUUCUUUACCAUGUACGUGCGAGCACUGUGGAAAGAGUUUCAGUCGCCCGUGGUUGCUGAAAGGCCAUCAGCGGACGCACACAGGUGAAAAGCCUUAUGUGUGCUCGUUUUGUGGUCGGAACUUUGCUGAUCGAAGUAAUCUACGAGCUCAUGAACAAACACAUUACCCGCACAGGAAGCACAGAUGUGAUCAUUGUGAGCUGUCAUUCGCUCGAGUGCAAGUGCUGGAGAAGCACAAGACUGUUUGCCCAAAACUCGAAUCUCGUACGGACUCUGAAGAUCUCUAG